UGAGAAAUUUUAAUGUUUCUCCAAACUUCCGUGGCAUUUUCCUGAUUUUCCAAAUUUUUGCUUGCAGGCCCCUUUUCUCUCUCUGGUUUUUCCCAUUCUAUUAUCCUUCAAUUCCUAGAGAGAGAUGGAGUCUGGUUGUAAAUCUGGAGAGAGAAAAGAGAGCGGGCGGAAAUGUAGAAGAGAGAGAGGGAGCUCGUUGGUAAUUCUAUGAGAGAGAAACCCUAGGACUCUAUGGCUCUGUAGAAUUGAGAGGAGCUCCAAUGGCUGUUAGAGUUAUGGCUAAAAAGGAGCUUCUGGUUUGUUGGAGACGAUUAGUGGAAUUUGAAGACCAAGCAGCAGAUGAUUCUAGUAAAAUUAAGCGUUUUCGCAAGACUAAGGAAGAAUGGUUCUCAGAUGCUUUCAACUAUUUGAUUCAAUUGUCCGUGGAAAACCAUAUAUGGUGUGGCAAUCGGGAACUAAUGGGCCCUCUUCUUGAGACCUUCCAUGACUAUUCAAAGGAUGAGAACGAUAAUUCACCAUUAAAAGAUCUCUACCAGAGGAUCUCUUUGGAACUAAGGAGAUGUGCCCAGUGCAUUACUCAGCACCAUGAAGCUCAAGAAAUGUAUAGAAAGGAUUUCGAUCUAGAUACUGUGCAGCCUCUUCUUAAUAUUUUACAAACCCUUGAUGAAGAAAGGGUGACUGAGCACCUUAAGGAGAUCAACUCAAAAGUUACUAGGAGAGAAUAUGAUCCUGAGAAAGACCAUGCUGAAGUUGCAUGUGUUUUGUUUGAAGUGUUGAUGUUUCCUACUUUGCUCGAUGACCAUUCAUUGGUAAAUGAGUUUCAACCUUUCAUAGAAGCAAUGGAUAGUUCACAUAAACUGACUUUGGCUGUUAAUCAAAAAUAUCCGGGUGUCUAUGCUCUUCUUUUCCUUAAAAGCGAAAAGGUGCGAGCAAUUGGUCAUCACCUUGCUGGAUGUAUGGGAAAGUUGAGGAAAGCAGAAGAUUUGGAGCCCCUGCAGCCUUUGCUGAAAAAGUGCAUAGGAUUUUUGGAGACAGAAGUUCUGACCUCUACUUUGGACACUUCAAGACCCAGAGUGCAGUUUGAACGCUUAACUGUUUGGCUAGGAAUCAAAGUCUUGCUUGGUUUCUUGGAGCCUCUGGCAUUUGAAGAAGGGAUACUUGAAAGACAUCCUACUUUUCUCAGUAUCGUUCUUAACCAUGUUAGUGAUGAUACAUUGGAAUUCACUCAUGCAGUUACUUGUCUCAAAUUUCUCUUCGAAACUCUUGGAUGCAAACUUUGGUUGAGGACUCCAUUCUCCCCUAGUGUAAUGCGAAAUACAUUAUUGGGUCAAUGUUUUCACACCAGAAGCGAGAAAAGCCAUAAUCAAAUAUUUGAUCUUUUUCAGCCAUUUCUGCAGUCCCUUGAGUCCCUUCAAGAUGGCGAGCAUGAAAGACAGCGCAGGCAUUUUAUUUAUUUUCUCCUCCAUCAAGUAACACAGGGCAGUAAUUUCAGUUUUCUAAUGAGAAAAAAGGCUCGAAAGAUAGCUUUUCAAAUCAUAGAUCGUGGUUAUAAGAUGAACCCUCCAUGCCCGCCUUCUGAAUGUUCGCAUGUGUGGGGGCCUUCCUUGGUGUGCUCUUUGAAGGAUUCUUCUCUUCACAAAUCUCUUCGUGAGCCGGCUUUUGAUCUUAUUCGUACCAUCAUAAUCACCGAUGCAGCUGCUUUAAUUUCUCUGAAACUCAAGUGCCACACGUGCCCUAGUCCUGUUAAUAGUAUGUCUUUUGAUUUAAAUGAUGAUGAAGAUGACCUCCCUUUUGAUCAUGAUGUAGAAGAGACUGAAAACAGUUGCUGGGCUGAAUUUAGUUCUUUGGGAAAAGUAGCCUCUCGAGAAUGCAAUGAGUGGAUAUGCAUUCCUCUUCUAUGGUUGGAAGUUUUAGUGGAAACGGAUCCAUCUGCGCUUCCCAUGUCAUUUUCCAAGGCUGUUUUUUGGGCCUUAUCUCGUUUUUCUGUUGUUGAACCCGAGGAUAGUGUUGACAGUACUCUUUCUGUGAGGGAUUGGAUAUUCUCUCAUGCCAAACAUAUCUCAGCUUCAUUUAAUUGGGAUAUUCCUAAGGGUUGCGAUGACGGUGGAGCUGGCAAGGAGUCAAAAAAUUCAGUCAAUUCAUCAACAUCAUGUAUCAUAUUGAUAAGAAUGCUUAAGAGGUGUGCCGCACAUUUCGUUACAAAAUUAGAACAAGGUGAACUUCUGAAACAGUGGGCAUGGGAGCCAAGGAUGGCUGAGUGCUUAAUCCUUUUGCUUGUAGAUACAAAUGAUAAUGUGAGGCAAGUUGAUCGGUUUAUUCUGGAACACCUUUCAAAUUCACGAUGUCUUGCAAGUGGUUUGCACUUCCUUUGUUCUACUGUUGUUUCCUUGUCAGCAAUCUUUGUGGGUCUGCGCUAUGCUAUGAAACUGGUGCAAGCUGAAUCUCUUCUAUCAAAUUUUCAUUAUUUACAUCACCUAUUCUUCGUUGUUGGCAAACUACUCAAGGAUUCAGUUACAAGGGGCUCAAAUGCAACUGCAUAUUCAGCAAAUGACUCAAGUUCCAAGUUUCAAUUUGAUGGGGGUUUCUUGUGGCAGCCAAAAAUAUAUGACAUUGCAACAACUUCGGAAGAUUCAGCGAAUAUUGUGGAAAAGAAGAAUUGGAACAAGUUCUACUGUUUGGUGUCAGCAAUUGUUUGGCCUGCUCUAUUGAAGUGCUUGACAGAAGGAAAGGAAUUUAUUGAUUGCAAAAAUACACAGAUGACCUGUGUUCGUAUACUGGAGAUUCUUCCUGUUGUUUGUGAAAGAAUCAGAACUUCUGAAUUCCCGCUCUACGCUGGUUCUGAAGUUACAGUGCGUAGUUUCUUUGACUUCAAAUGGCUUCAUGAUCUGAUUGAUUGGGGAAAAUCAUCACUUAUUGUGAUCAAUAAGCAUUGGAAGCAGUCUCUCAUUUCUCUGUUGAAUUUAUUCAAAACGUCAGGCUGCAAUAAUUUUGGACUUCUUAUCAAUACUAUUGAGUCACUUCCUUCUUUAGGUUCUAAAGUGGAUGAGUUACAAGAGCAAGUUUCGAGACUAGCCGUUUCAUUAUCACAGGAGGCUGAGAAUGCAGUUGGAAGGAAAACCCUGAAGGAAAAUAGUUUUGUUUUGGGACGUUGGCCCUCUUUGAAAAGAAACCAAGUUGCUCACAUUGCUGCUGUGGACCUGGCACCAGAGAAAACCUCAGAAAAAGAGGUUAUUGUUCUUUCUGAUGAUGAAAUGGAAGAAAGUAUUCUCUUCAAAAUGCAAGGGAAGAAGCAUGUCGGCUACAAUGCUUUAGAUACUAAGAGGGAUCACCACUCAUCAAGAGAGAGGCAGAGGGCUUCUCAAACUACUGCUGCUCCUAGAGAUGCAUUUGCUUCUCCUUGCUCGUCAAAAGAUUUAGACAGUGAAAAAGUAGAUUCCCUCAAACCAAGAGACCUUGCAUCUCUACCAGAAUGCACAAUGAAUCAGCCUGAUUCAUUGUUCACUAGCUCCAUUAAUGAAUGUCUUAGCUCUUUCAGUUCAAAUUCAGAUGUCAGGCAGAAGAAUUCCAUGAAAAAUUCUGAAAAUAGCCCAGGCAGUGAUUCCUUGAUAAAAGAGAUAGUAUGUGCUAUUGAAGAGCCAAAGGAGCAUGCCUUAAAUUUUGUGGGUCACCCGCUUUUGUUGUCAAGGAAGCCUAGUGCCCUCGUUCCUAAACGCCAAGUUAUUCAACUUGAAAUGCUUUCCAAUCAUAAAUCACAUAGAUCAGAUGGAACUGUUCAAAGAUUUAGGCCUCCAAGGCUGGACGAUUGGUACAAACCAAUUUUGGAAUUAGAUUAUUUUUCAUUGGUAAGGUUAGGUGCUGGGAAUGAAGAUGAGAUUCCUAACCUUACCGACUUAAAAGAGGUGCCUGUUUGUUUUCAAUCUCCUGAGCAUUAUGUGGAGGUUUUCAGGCCAUUUGUUUUGGAAGAGUUCAAAGCCCAACUGCUAAGCUCAUAUGCUGAUACAUCCUCAUUAGAUGACAUGUGCUCUGGAACAGUACGCCUCGUGUCAGUUGAACGGAUUGAUGAUUUCCAUCUUAUUCGUUGCAUCCCUGGUGACCGGGAAUCUGCUGUGUUCAGAGGCUGUUAUGAAAAUGAUUUGGUUUUGCUAACACGUCAGCCCUUUCAAAAUGCACCUCAAAAUGUUCAUAUGGUUGGAAAGGUUGAGAGGCGGGAGAGAGACAAUAAGACAAGGUCAAGUGUUUUAGUGAUCCGUUUUUAUCUUCAGAAUGGCUGUUCACGCUUGAAUAAAGUGAAGAGGCUGCUUAUUGAACGAAGCAAAUGGCAUGUAACUCGUAUAAUGAGCAUUACUCCUCAGCUUAGGGAAUUCCAAGCUCUUUCGUCGUUAAAGGACAUCCCUAUCCUUCCAAUAAUCUUGAGCCCAAGUGAUUGUGCUCAGGUUUGUAAUGAACCUCGAAAGAUAGAUUUGGGCAAGCUGUCACAGUCUUUGCAGCAAAAGCUGAAAUCAUCCUUCAACGAAAGUCAGCUCCAAGCUGUUACUGCUGCUCUGGAAACUAGUGACUCAAAUGAUGUUACAAAACUCUCUCUUAUCCAGGGACCUCCAGGCACAGGGAAGACUAAGACAGUAGUUGCUAUUGUGAGUGCAAUGCUUUCUUUGGGUGAUGCACUGAGGAGUCAUGCAUCAAGUGAUAAGACUGGUGGCAGCUCAGAGCCAACCAGUAGUACAUACUCUAGGCCUAGAGCACAGCAAUCAAGCCAAGAUGCUCAAGCUGCAAGAGCUUGGCAUGAUGCUGCACUUGCUCGACAAUUAGUUAAAGAUGAGGAGAAGGGCAAUUCUUCCCCUUCAGAAAGAUACAAAAGAGGAAGAGUCCUCAUUUGUGCUCAGUCUAAUGCAGCUGUGGAUGAAUUGGUUUCAAGAAUUACCGAUGAGGGCCUCUAUAAUUCUGAUGGGAAUUUAUAUAUGCCUUACUUGGUUAGGGUUGGGAAUGUGAAAACUGUGCACCCAAGUUCCAUGCCCUAUUUUAUAAAUACACUUGUUGAGCAAAGACUGGCAGAGCAGAAGAUGAAUGUGGAUGAUGGAGAUGAUGACAUUAUCAUGGAUUCUUCCAUGGUUCUUCGUUCUAAAUUGGAAAAAUUGGUUGAGACUAUCCAAUUAUGUGAAGCCAAACGUGCUGAUAUUCGAGAAGGUAAUAAUAAAUUAGAGGUCAAGAGGGCUUCUGAAAAUGGAGUUACUGAAGAUAGUGAAGUCCAGGAAAUGACAGAGGCUGCAAUUGACGUGAGGCUUAAAAGCUUGUAUGGUCAAAAGAAGGCAAUCUACGUGGAGCUUGCUGCUUCUCAGGCACGAGAGAAGAAGUCCUUUGAAGAUAACAAAGCUAUCAAGCAUGAUAUGAGGAAAUUAAUCUUAAAGGAAGCUGAAGUAGUAGUGACUACUCUUAGUGGGUGUGGUGGGGAUCUUUAUAUCACUUGCACAGAAUCUAUAUCUCGGAGUCGUUAUGGAAGCCCUUCUGAAGAUUCUCUAUUCGAUGCUGUUUUGAUAGAUGAAGCUGCUCAGGCUCUGGAACCAGCAACUCUGAUUCCUCUUCAACUUUUGAAGACCAGCCGAACCAAAUGUAUAAUGGUUGGUGAUCCUAAGCAGCUUCCUGCAACAGUUUUGUCUAAUGUUGCUAGCAAAUUUCUUUACGAGUGUAGCAUGUUUGAGCGCUUGCAAAGAGCUGGGUUCCCUGUCACAAUGCUUAAGACACAGUACCGAAUGCAUCCAGAGAUAUCCAUGUUCCCUUCGAUGCAUUUUUAUGAUAGAAAGCUUUUGAAUGGUAGUCAGAUGAUUAGCAAAUCGGCAUCCUUUCAUGAGAACUCAUACCUUGGACCAUAUAUCUUCUUUGAUGUCAUUGAUGGCCAGGAGCAUUGUGGAAAGAGUUCCAAUGCUCUCUCCCUUUGUAAUGAAUCUGAGGCAGAUGCUGCAAUUGAGUUACUGUGGUUCUUCAAGAAAAGGUAUCCAUCUGAGUUUGUUCGUGGAAGGAUUGGCAUAAUAACGCCAUACAAAAGUCAGGUCUCUCUCUUACGGUCUCGUUUUGUUAGUGCAUUUGGACCAAGUGCUUUGGAUGAUGUCGAAUUUAAUACUGUUGAUGGAUUUCAAGGCCGUGAAGUUGAUGUGCUAAUACUCUCCACCGUAAGGGCUUCAGAGCAAAACAACAAAGAAGUGAGCAUGAGUUCAAGCAGCAUCGGUUUUGUUGCAGAUGUGAGGAGAAUGAAUGUGGCUUUGACUCGGGCUAAGCGCUCUCUAUGGGUGUUUGGUAAUAGAAGGACGUUGAAAACCAACCUCCAUUGGGAAGCUCUUAUUAGGAAUGCUGAAGAAAGGAGCCUUAUUGUAGCAAUAGAAAAGCCUUAUGACUCAUUUUUUAGGAAGAGGAAAGACGACAGACAUGCAAACAUCCAAGGUGUCAAGUCUCGCAAGGAAAGUAAUGAUUUAACGAGAAAUGAACAGGAUCGAGUAACCAAGAGUGUGAGUGCACAAUUCUCAUCCAAUUCUAUUGAAACUGAUGGUAAGUGUGUGAGUUCUGCAGUUCAUGGACAUGAUGUGAGAUUAAGAGAUUCCCCACAUGAAAGGGAUCAUAGGGAACACAGGCCUAGAAAGGAUGUAAAGACAUCUGUACCAGCAACAUAUGGACGUCAUCAUGAGCAUAGAGGUAAAACGGUCACUGUAAAUGAGAGGAGAGAGAUCAGAGAAAAUCAUGAUGAUAUGUCUAGUACUGGGGACACUCAGAAGGGGGAAGGUCGGUUUGAUAGGUCGCAAUCUGAGAUGCCUAGAGUGAAUGCACACUCAAAAUCUGAAAAGAUAAAAGUAGAUGGUGAAGCUUCUAGCUCAAAUGAGGUGAAAGGAGGUGCAUCAGCUUUGGAAGAUAUUUUGAUUGUUGAUUCCAGUCAACAAGACUCUAGCACAACGAAUGGUAAGGGAGAGGAAGGGGUUCAAGGUCAGGCAUCAAAUAUUGAUGCUGCCAAGGAUUCAAUCAUUACACGAAAGAGGCAGAGGGAGGCUGUUGAUGCUCUAUUAUCGAGUUCUCUCAUUUCUAACAAGAAGCCCGAAACCUCCAAGCUUGCCUCCAUCACAAGACCCCCUUCUUCUGCGAUGGAUGGUAGAAAUACCAUUAAGCCUUCGAAGCCAAGCAAAGGUCCCCUUAAAAUCCGUCAACUACAAGGAACAACUGAAAUGCCUCUCCCUAAAGCUCAUCAUCCAGAACAUGGUGUCAAGGGUUCAUCAAGUGGCAUCAACUUGGAUAGAGAGUGGAAAAGUUUUAAUGAUCUUCGGCAGGACUAGAAACGACCUUAGCCCAUGGUCCAAUUCCAUCACCAUUCAUCUAUUGCCAAGAAUGCUGGGGAAGAAAUGAAAUCUUGGUAAACUUAGAACACUCUAGAAGGUGGCAUUGACAUGAUUCUCCCUUAAAAGGGUUUGGAAUCUGGUAUUCACCUACCAACCUUCUGUAUAUUACUCCUUUUGAGUGCUUAGCCUGUACAGUAAAAUCUUUUUAUUCCUAGAUGUUACAGAAGUUUUGGGGCCCAUUUUUGUUGGGAAGCUAGUGUAAGGCAAGUUUAGCUAAGAUAGUUAUAGAGUGCUCUCUGUUCAGGUCCCCUGUAUUAUAAGUUAUAACAUGCCGUUCUCACCUCAAUGAAAUGCUAUUUUCAUGUGAAGGGUACCUCCUGUAUUUCAUAGGUACUUUAUUUUGUUGUGGGUUUCUUGUAUUUUAGAAAGCUGGUCCAAGAAUGGAGAUUAGGUUGUGCUCCCUUUAGCUGA